AAAAGUACUCCGUUACUCUGCAGCUGUCUACAGGAUGGUUCCCUGUGAGGGGACCCGAACAUCGGCCGAGCCACGGUUCUGAUGGCAGCAGAGCGGGGAGGCAGCUGCUCUGAGGCCGGACAUGAGGGCAGUAAAGCGGCUGUGGUUCGGCCUCCCGGCGCUCCGCUCUUCCAGCGGUAAUUGAAAUGGCGCAUGUGCCCGCAGGCGGCUCCUGAAGCCCGGAGCUCAGCGGCACCGAGGCCGGGGGUCGGACUCCCCACCGGGUCGGAGGCUGGUGGAUCCGCAGCUCUCCGCGGCUCACAGACGAGUCGGGGCGAGCGAAGACAGCCAACCGCCGCCUGGAACCUAAUCCGGCCCCUGGGGCUCCGAGGGCCCCGGGCCGCGGCUCAGCCUCCGCCUUCUUCUGUCGAUCCGCCUCAGACGCUCUUUCACCGGGGAGGAGAAGCAGCCGCGACCCGGAGAUCAGCAGCGGGGGACGGAGCUCACACACGCCACUUCUAUGUCUUCUGUGUCGAUAUCCUCUCAGGAGGGGCGGAGCUUGUCCAGGAUGUCUGUGAGCCGCUCACCUGUCUCACCUGUAAGCGCUCAGGGAAUCCCUUCACCUGCCCAGCUGACCAAGGCCAAUGCCCCGGUGCACAUCGAUGUGGGAGGAACCAUGUACACCAGCAGCCUGGCCACGCUCACCAAGUUCCCGGAGUCCAGGAUUGGCCGUCUGUUCAGCGGUUCUGAGCCCAUCGUUCUGGACAGUCUGAAGCAGCACUACUUCAUCGACAGAGACGGAGACAUCUUCAGGUUCAUCCUCAGCUUUCUGAGAACCUGCAAGCUGCUGCUCCCUGAAGACUUCCAGGACUUCCCCCAGCUGUACGAGGAGGCCCGGUUCUACCAGCUGACCCCGAUGGUCCGGGAACUGGAGCGCUGGCAGGCGGAGCGGGAGUCCCGGCGGAUGGCGCCCUGCGAGGUUCUGGUGGUCCGGGUGAGUCCAGACCUGGGGGAGAGGAUCGCUCUGAGCGGGGAGAAGGUUCUGAUCGAGGAGGUCUUCCCCGAGACCGGAGACGUCAUGUGCAACUCUGUGAACGCCGGCUGGAAUCAGGACCCGACCCACGUGAUCCGGUUCCCCCUUAACGGGUACUGCAGGCUCAACUCAGUCCAGGUCCUGGAGCGUCUCUUCCAGAAGGGGUUCCUCAUCAAGGCGUCCUGCGGCGGCGGUGUCGAUUCGUCUCAGUUCAGUGAAUACGUUCUGAGUAGAGACCUGCAGCACAGCCACUCCCUCAGCAGCACCCCGAUCCGGAUCAAACAGGAACCUCUGGACUGAACACUUGGACCAGGUGACCACCAGGUGACCUCAACACCUGGUCCAGGUGACCUGCUGCAAGUUUCAGGGCCUUCAGUGUAAAUCUCAGGUGCAGUGUGUAAAUAUUAGUGAUCGUCUGUGAACAACUGUAAGGAUCAUUCCAUGAAGAACCAACCAGAUUCUCCAGUGACCUCAGAACAUCUGGUUCUUCAUCUGCAGUAACUUCAUCAAUGAUCAGAGUUCUACCUUCAGACUGGGAAUAUUUACAGAGUUCCAGGUCCUUGAAGACCAUAGAGGAGAAUGUCCCCUUGAGAAAGUUCUAGAGUAGACCUACCAAGUUGUCAGUAGGUCUACUCUAGAACUUUCUCCAGUUGUCGGUAGGUCUACUCUAAAACUUUCUCCAGGGGACGUUCUCCUUUCCUGCUUCCAGUCUUUAAAUUUAGUCUCACUUAGAACAUUCCAGGUCCUUGAAGUCCACAGAGGUGGGUCCAGAUUUAUCACUUUAAUGGACUUUUUCAGAACUUCAUCAGUCCAGCAGAUAGAACCAUGACAUUUAGGAGGAGAAACAUCUGAGUUCUGGUAAAAACUGACCCCAGAUCAGUUUAAAUCCCUCCAGGUGUGUCAGUCUGAACUCUGAAUCUGGUUUCUGUUUAUUUUCUCCUCUGUUAACACCAGUAUUAUGGGAUGUAUCAGCGUUAGAACAUUCUAAAGCUGCUGUAGAUGAAGAACCAGCUGAUUCUUUGGUAGAUCUUCUCUGCAGUGACCCUCGGAUCAUUUUUUAAAUGUAAUUUAAUCUUUUGAUAAAUCUGUACAUUGAAUGUUUGUGACUUUUUUUCACAAUCAGGUCUGAGUAAAAACUCCAAAAGCUUC